CACACCACUAAAUAAAAUAUUCGGGCUUAUAAUUAUAAUUAUAAUUUGUUUCCUAAUUUCCAUGUUCUAUAAAUAAAUGACAUAUGGUCGCUGAGGCUUCCACCAGAAUCAAGUAAUAAGCCACUCAUCUACAACGUUGUUGCUGUCAGGUCAUGGCGAUUGAGGCAUGGUUCAUGGACGAUAGCAAUGAGGAUCCAAGGCUUCCUCACCAAACCAACCCCAAACAUUCUGUUUCCUUAAACCAAUUAUCAGAAUUAGGAGUCUUGUACUGGAAGCUUAAUCCCAAUAUCUAUGAGGAUGAUCAGGAAUUGAACAAAAUCAGAGAAACCAGGGGAUACAAUUACAUGGAUAUACUUGAUUUAUGCCCAGAAAAAGUGGAAAAUUAUGAAGAGAAGUUGAAGAACUUCUACACCGAGCACAUUCAUCAGGAUGAAGAGAUUCGUUAUUGUUUGGAAGGGAGCGGCUACUUUGAUGUCCGGGACAAGGACGAUCGCUGGAUUCGCAUUUGGAUUAAGGCCGGUGAUCUCAUCAUUUUACCUGCUGGAAUCUACCAUCGGUUCACUCUAGACACUAGUAACUAUGUGAAGUUAAUGAGGUUGUUUAUGGGGGAGCCGGUAUGGACUGCAUAUAAUCGACCUCAAGAGGACAACCCUGCUAGAAAGGAAUACAUCAAGAGCCUGACCGAGAAACCCGGCGUGCCGGUUGCAGCUCAUUAGGCUCCCUGCACUGAUGAUAUAAAUUAGCACGCAUGUCUUCUAGGCUUCUAGCUGAUGUUACAAAAAGCUAGUGUUGGAACUUGGAAUGGUUGUUGGUAUAUUAUUGUAAAGUUUUAGCCAAGAGAAAAAGACUUGUUUAUGAACCAAUAACACAUCAAGCUUGAUGUCUUAAACUAGUUAAAGAGCAUAUUGUAAUAUGUCUUCGCUUAAUCACUUGCUCCUAGUUUUUGUCUGUGUAAAGCUGCUGUAAUAUUCGUGUUUCAGUGGGUUAAUUAAAUCAUCAUGUGUCCUUUGAAUGGCAAAUUCAUACUUGAGAAA